GGGCGGGGCGGGGGGCGCGGCGGCUGAGGCGGCCCCGCUCCGGGCGCCGCCAUCCUCACCCUCCCCGGACCCGCCAUGGAAACCGACUAUUACAGCGGGGACCAGUCGGACGAUGGUGGCGCUACUCCGGUUCAGGAUGAACGGGAUUCGGAGUCAGAGGUGGAAGACGAUGGAAACGACCAGCACUCUGGAUCAGAAAAUGGAAGUCUAGAGCAUCAUUCAGAGAACGAGCAGAGUGAUAGAGAAGACGACGGGCAUACCAAAAGCCACCACGUGACAGACUCGGAAAGUGAGGACCCUCCCCGGCAAAAAGACAGCGAUUCAGAAAACGAGGACCCUCCUAAUCACAAUAGUGAUUCUGAAAAUGAGGAGCCCCUCAGGCAUAAGGACAGUGAUUCUGAUAUCGAGGAUCUUGCAGAUCAUCACGCGAGUGACUCCGAAAACGACGACCUCAUUCAUCAAGCAAGUGAUUCAGAAAACGAGGAGACCCGGAAGCCGCCUCCGAGCGACUCGGACAUCGAAGACCCUCUGAAUGGCCGUGCGAGUGACUCCGAAAAUGAAGAUAUUCCCAAACACCCCACGAGUGACUCUGAAAAUGAGGACCUCCAAAGAGGCCACGCCAGUGACUCUGACAACGAGGACCUCCAGAAAGGUGCCGCCAGCGACUCCGACAACGAGGACCUCCAGAAGGGUCCCGCCAGCGACUCGGACAACGAGGACCUCCGGAAGGGACCCGCCAGCGACUCGGACAACGAGGACCUCCGGAAGGGUCCCGCCAGCGACUCGGACAACGAGGACCCCCGGAAGGGUCCCGCCAGCGACUCGGACAUCGAGGACCUCCGGAAGGGUGCCGCCAGUGACUCGGACAACGAGGACCCUCAGAAGGGUCCCGCCAGUGACUCUGACAAUGAGGGCCUCCAGAAAGGCGCUGCCAGUGACUCAGAAAUUGAGGAUGCUCCCAAACAUGCCAGUGACUCUGAAAACGAGGAGCCCUCACAGCAUCCUGCGAGUGAUUCUGAAACCGAGGAGCCGCCAAAGCGCCAGGCCAGUGAUUCAGAAACCGAAGAGCCCCCCAAGCCCCUAGCCAGUGACUCUGAAAGCGAGGAAGCUCAGAAAAAUCACAUCAGUGACUCGGAAAACGAAGCCGUUUCCAGGCACAGACCAAAAAUCGAGUCAGACGAUGAGAGCGACCGAGAAAACAAAAGCGAGGCGGUAGAAAUGGUAAACGAUUCUUAUCGUUCUGAUAGCCAACCGGAGCAGAAAACACUCAACACCUCUGACAGUGAAGACGAAGAGCCAAAGAGGCAGAAGAUCGACAGUGACGAGGAAGGGGGGAAGGAGGAGGAGAAAGUAGCGAAGAGGAAAGCUGCCGUUCUUUCGGAUAGCGAAGAUGAGAAAACACCUGCAAAGAAGGGACGCAUUGUGUCAGAUGCGGAGGACUCUGCUAGCGAUGCAGCAUCGGAGAAAUCUGACCAGAGAAAUAAAAAAGCCAUAGCGUCAGAUAGCGAAGUGGAAGACGGUAAAGAGGAGUCCGGCAAGAAGAAUGAAGAGAAAGACCUCUUCGGGAGUGACAGCGAGUCAGGGAACGAAGAAGAGAACCUGAUUGCCGAUAUAUUUGGAGAAUCUGGUGAUGAAGAGGAGGAAGAGUUUACCGGUUUUAACCAGGAAGAUUUGGAAGAAGCAAAAGGUGAAACACAAAUGAAAGAGGCAGCAGAUGAUUCAGAUUCUGAUGACAACAUAAAAAGAGGAAAACAUAUGGACUUCAUGUCCGAUUUCGAGAUGAUGUUACAGCGAAAGAAGAGUAUGAGCGGCAAGCGCAGACGGAACCGCGACGGGGGAACUUUUAUUAGUGACGCGGAUGACGUAGUUAGCGCCAUGAUUGUAAAGAUGAAUGAAGCCGCUGAGGAAGACAGGCAGCUGAACAAUCAGAAAAAACCAGCACUGAAAAAAUUAACUUUACUACCAACAGUAGUAAUGCAUCUGAAAAAGCAGGACCUGAAAGAAACAUUUAUUGACAGUGGCGUGAUGUCUGCUAUCAAAGAAUGGCUUUCACCCUUGCCAGACAGGAGUUUACCGGCACUGAAGAUUCGGGAAGAGCUCUUAAAGAUCUUACAGGAGUUACCUAGUGUGAGCCAGGAAACCCUGAAACAUAGUGGAAUCGGUCGUGCUGUAAUGUACCUCUACAAACACCCCAAAGAGUCAAGGCCCAACAAGGACAUGGCUGGAAAAUUGAUAAAUGAGUGGUCUCGGCCAAUAUUUGGCCUCACCUCAAAUUACAAAGGGAUGACGAGAGAAGAGAGGGAGCAGCGAGACCUGGAACAGAUGCCUCAGCGACGCCGCAUGAACAGCGCUGGUGGUCAGACGCCUCGUAGAGACCUGGAGAAAGUGUUGACUGGAGAGGAAAAAGCCCUUAGGCCGGGAGACCCUGGAUUCUGUGCUCGCGCCAGGGUACCCAUGCCCUCAAACAAGGAUUAUGUCGUCAGACCCAAGUGGAAUGUGGAAAUGGAAUCACCCAGGUUUCAGGGUACCUCGAAGAAGGGGAUCAGCCGGCUGGACAAGCAAAUGCGGAAAUUCACGGACAUCCGGAAAAAGAGCAGAUCCGCCCACGCGGUGAAGAUCAGCAUCGAAGGCAACAAGAUGCCAUUGUGACCUCUCGGAGGAUACCUCCAACUCUGCUGUGAGACGUGCACCCUUGGACUCUGUUUAGAGAACGUACAGUUUUUUAAAUAUUUUUUUUAGCGUAUCUGUAAAUGGUUGGUUCCGAUUCUGUAACUCAAUGCUGUCUGAAGACCGGAGAGCCGAGGAUCCGUUGUAUUUAAGCUGUCCCGUCGUGUACCUGUACAGAUAGAGACUACCCGCCGGACCGCUGCAGACUUUAGAGAAUAAAUUCCCCCUUCUAGUUUU